AUGGGAAAGGGUAAUGCUCAGCAGGCCGCGCAGAAGCGCGAGCGCAAUGCCAAGAAGAACGCGACCUCGACGGCGUCGAGCCAGCUCAAGUCCAACGAAAAGGCCCUCAGCAUCAUCUGUAACGUCUGCAAGCAAACAUUCCUGUGCACGUCGAACCCUAAGACCCUGAAGGAGCAUGCGGACAACAAGCACCCCAAGAACACCUUCGCCCAAUGCUUCCCGACUCUGCCUCCGCAGUAA